CAGCCCGGGUACGGCCCGCAGCCCGGGUACGGCCCGCCGCCGGGACAGGUCCAGUGGAUGCAGCCGCCGACACGAGGCCCGCCGGGAUGUCCCCCCGGACUGGAGUAUCUGUGUGAGAUCGAUCAACUCCUGGUGAAACAACAAGUGGAGCUUUUGGAGGCGUUCGUAGGAAUAGAAGGUGACAACAAGUACAAAAUCAAGAACGCCAUGGGACAACAGGUUUACUUUGCCGCCGAGGACAACGACUGCUGCACCCGCCAAUGUUGUGGAAACGUCCGCUCCUUCGAGAUGAAGGUUUUCGACAACUCUCAGCAGGAAAUCAUCCACUUUAGCCGUCCUCUGCGCUGUAUGAACUGUUUCUGGGUCUGCUGUCUGCAGGAGCUGGAGGUGCAGGCCCCUCCCGGCACGACGGUGGGGUGGGUGCGGCAGAUCUGGCACCCGUUCCUGCCCAAGUUUGAGAUAGAAGACGCUGCCGGUGACGUGGUGCUGGUGAUCGAGGGCCCGUGUCUCAGCUGCUCCUUCUGCGGGGACGUGGAGUUCGACGUCAUGGUUCCUGACGAGUCUCAAAAGGUAGGGAAGAUCUCCAAACAGUGGAGCGGGCUGCUGAAGGAGGCCUUCACAGACGCAGACAACCUCGGUAUCCAGUUCCCCAUGGACCUGGACGUCAAGGUCAAGGCCACGCUGCUGGGGGCGCUCUUCCUCAUCGACUUCAUGUUCUUCGAGCAGGUCGGAGGCGAGGAGCAGAGGUCGUCAGUCCUGUUUUAGCCAUGGAUGUGUGGCCUGUCCAACCGCAAUGUCGUCACUACAGCUUGUCUUGCCUACAGAUUGCUCACGGCCUAUCAAAAUCACUAGAUGUUUCUUUCUAAAUGCUCAUACACAUGAUAUAUAAACUAGAAAGGUAACAUUUGCAAAGCAAAUGCAUCAUGUUUACCUUCGCACAUGGUUUGCUUUUCUUACUCAAAUACAUGUAACAUUUAUAUAUAUGGUCAGACAGGA